AGUUACCUAAAAUGUUACGAUUCAGAUUUUGACUUUGGAAGUAAAAGCUCCCCUAUGGUCUCCUAAGGUCUAGGGGAAAGGUUGGAGGUAUUAGUUUUUUAAAAGCUUUCAGGGACAAAUCACUGUAGCAGGCAGUGGGGUUACUCCUAGCAAAGUUAAAGAGUUCCUGAAUGUUUUGAGAAAUGAGUGCUUGCUCAGUGGCCAUGACAAAAAGUGUCUGAACUUUUUGCUUAGGGCUUUCAUAGGUAUAGACUGUGGCUCUCUUUGACUUAAGAAUGUUCUUAGAUUCUCCUACAGACACCAUAGCAAAGAGAGUAAAUGAGUGAUGAUGAGAUAGCAAGCAAUAAAUGAAUCCUAUCAGCAGCAGCAGUACAAGUUAUAGGAAGAAAAACAAUUCUCUCCCUUAACUUCAGUGAUAACUACAGGAUACCAUUUUUAAUAUUGCACAAGACUUGGAAAAGCUGAUGAGUUUAUGAGCUUAGAAGAUAGUGAAGUUAUUUCCCUCAAGUAAUCACAUCAACUGGCUAAGAUUUCCAGAGUUUUGACAAAAAAAGAAUUGAUAGAUACAGCAAUGAAGGUUGGAUUUGAAAACAAUUACGAAGACAUUGACAAAUAGAUACCUCUACAAGAUACCUUUUUGGUUACAUUAGCAGGCCAUAGUGUGCAACAAAAUGAUUACUUCAGAGUUACCAGUGUUACAAGAUUCUACAAAUGAAACUACUGCACAUUCAGAUGUUGGUAGUGAAUUGGAAGAAACGCAACUGAAGGGGAAAAGAAAACGUGGUCGCCCUGGUAGACCUCCAUCUGCCAAUAAGAAGCCUCGAAAGACUCCAGGAGACAAGUUUCGCUCUGAAACUGGAAUUAGAGGAACAGGUCGAGGAAGAGCUAAUGGCCAUCCUCAGCAGAAUGGAGAAGGGGAUCCUGUUACUUUGUUUGAUGUUGUGAAGAUGGGCAAAAGUGCUAUGCAGUCCGUGGUAGAUGACUGGAUUGAAUUGUAUAAGCAAGACAGGGAUAUAGCAUUGCUGGAUUUAAUCAACUUCUUCAUCCACUGUUCAGGAUGCCGAGGAACUGUGCGGAUUGAAAUGUUUAGAAACAUGCAAAAUGCAGAAAUUAUCAGGAAAAUGACUGAAGAAUUUGAUGAGGACAGUGGCGAUUAUCCACUUACAAUGCCUGGACCACAGUGGAAAAAAUUCAGAUCAAAUUUUUGUGAAUUCAUAGGAGUACUAAUACGACAAUGUCAAUAUAGCAUCAUCUAUGAUGAAUAUAUGAUGGACACAGUGAUCUCAUUGCUGACUGGUUUGUCAGAUUCGCAGGUUCGAGCUUUCAGACAUACCAGUACACUUGCUGCUAUGAAGCUUAUGACUGCUCUUGUGAAUGUUGCCUUAAACCUGAGUAUUCAUCAGGAUAAUACACAAAGACAGUAUGAAGCUGAAAGAAACAAAAUGAUUGGUAAAAGAGCUAAUGAAAGAUUGGAGCUGCUUCUUCAAAAACGGAAAGAGUUGCAAGAGAAUCAGGAUGAAAUUGAAAAUAUGAUGAAUUCCAUUUUCAAAGGAAUAUUUGUCCAUAGAUAUCGUGAUGCUAUUGCUGAGAUUAGAGCUGUUUGUAUUGAAGAAAUUGGAGUGUGGAUGAAAAUGUACAGUGAUGCCUUCCUGAAUGAUAGUUAUUUAAAAUAUGUUGGUUGGACACUUCAUGACAGACAAGGUGAAGUGAGGUUGAAAUGUCUAAAAGCUUUGCAGAGUUUGUAUACCAACAGAGAAUUGUUCCCCAAAUUGGAGCUAUUUACAAAUAGAUUUAAGGAUCGCAUUGUAUCAAUGACACUUGAUAAAGAAUAUGAUGUUGCAGUAGAAGCCAUUCGGUUAGUCACACUUAUACUUCAUGGAAGUGAAGAAGCUUUGUCCAAUGAAGACUGUGAGAAUGUUUAUCAUUUGGUAUAUUCGGCACAUCGGCCUGUUGCUGUAGCAGCAGGGGAAUUCCUUCACAAAAAACUAUUUAGUCGGCACGAUCCUCAAGCAGAGGAAGCACUAGCCAAGAGGAGAGGACGGAAUAGUCCAAAUGGAAAUCUUAUUAGGAUGCUGGUUCUUUUCUUUCUUGAAAGUGAGUUACAUGAACAUGCUGCUUAUUUGGUGGACAGUUUAUGGGAAAGCUCUCAAGAAUUGUUAAAAGACUGGGAAUGCAUGACAGAAUUGUUACUAGAAGAACCUGUCCAAGGGGAAGAAGCGAUGUCUGAUCGUCAGGAAAGUGCACUUAUAGAGUUAAUGGUAUGUACAAUUCGACAAGCUGCAGAAGCACACCCUCCAGUGGGCAGAGGAACUGGCAAGAGAGUUUUAACAGCAAAAGAAAGAAAAACUCAGAUAGAUGACCGGAACAAGCUAACAGAACACUUUAUUAUUGCACUUCCGAUGCUCCUAUCAAAGUAUUCUGCUGAUGCAGAGAAGGUGGCAAAUCUUCUUCAAAUUCCUCAAUAUUUUGACUUAGAAAUUUACAGUACAGGAAGAAUGGAGAAGCAUUUGGAUGCUUUGUUGAAACAGAUUAAAUUUGUUGUAGAGAAGCAUGUGGAAUCAGAUGUUCUUGAAGCCUGCAGUAAAACAUACAGCAUUCUCUGCAGUGAAGAAUAUACCAUUCAGAACAGGGUUGACAUAGCUCACAGCCAGCUCAUUGAUGAAUUUGUAGAUCGGUUCAACCAUUCUGUGGAGGAUCUAUUAAAUGAGGGAGAAGAAGCUGAUGAUGAUGAUGUAUACAAUGUUCUUUCUACUUUAAAGAGAUUAACAUCAUUUCACAACGCUCAUGACCUUACAAAAUGGGAUUUGUUCAGUAACUGCUACAGGUUAUUGAGGACUGGAAUUGAACAUGGAGCUAUGCCAGAACAGAUAGUGGUUCAGGCUCUUCAGUGUUCCCAUUAUUCAAUUCUCUGGCAGCUGGUAAAAAUUACAGAAGGAUCUCCUUCAAAAGAAGAUUUAUUGGUAUUAAGGAAAACAGUCAAAUCAUUUCUGGCUGUCUGCCAACAGUGUCUGUCAAAUGUCAACACUCCAGUAAAAGAACAGGCUUUUAUGCUGCUCUGUGAUCUCUUGAUGAUUUUUAGCCAUCAGCUGAUGAGUGGAGGCAGAGAAGGUCUUCAACCUUUGGUGUUUAAUCCAGAUUCAGGUCUCCAGACUGAACUCCUUAGCUUUGUAAUGGACCAUGUCUUCAUUGACCAGGAUGAUGAGAACCAGAGCAUGGAGGGAGAUGAAGAAGAUGAAGCUAAUAAAAUUGAAGCUUUACACAAGAGAAGGAAUCUUUUGGCUGCCUUUAGCAAACUUAUAAUUUAUGAUAUUGUAGACAUGCAUGCGGCAGCUGAUAUCUUCAAGCAUUACAUGAAGUACUACAAUGACUAUGGCGAUAUCAUUAAGGAGACAUUGAGUAAAACAAGACAAAUUGAUAAAAUUCAAUGUGCAAAAACUCUCAUUCUCAGUUUACAGCAGUUCUUUCUGCAGCUAUUUAAUGAGCUUGUUCAAGAGCAAGGUCCUAACUUGGACAGGACAUCUGCCCAUGUCAGUGGUAUUAAGGAGCUGGCCCGUCGUUUUGCUCUUACCUUUGGUCUGGACCAGAUAAAGACAAGAGAAGCCGUAGCCACGUUACACAAAGAUGGCAUAGAAUUUGCAUUUAAAUAUCAAAAUCAAAAAGGACAGGAAUAUCCACCUCCUAACCUUGCUUUCCUGGAAGUACUUAGUGAAUUUUCAUCUAAAUUAUUACGACAGGACAAGAAAACUGUUCACACAUAUUUGGAGAAAUUCCUAACAGAACAAAUGAUGGAAAGGAGGGAAGAUGUAUGGCUUCCAUUGAUUUCCUAUAGAAAUUCAUUAGUGACAGGUGGUGAGGACGAUAGGAUGUCUGUGAAUAGUGGAAGCAGCAGUAGCAAAACUUCUUCUGUCCGAAAUAAGAAAGGUCGACCUCCUCUUCAUAAGAAAAGAGUUGAAGAUGAGAAUCUUGAAGGCUCGUGGCUGAAUAGAAAUGACACCAUCCAGACCCCAGGUGCUCUACAAACACCUCAGCUCACAUCAACAGUGUUGAGAGAAAACACUCGACAAAUUGGAGAGCAAAUACCAGAGCAUGAGUCAGAACCUGGAUCUGAACAAGAUUUUUUAAACAAUCCUCAGAUGCAAAUAUCUUGGUUGGGUCAGCAGAAAUUGGAAGAUUUAAGUCGAAAGGACAGGACGGGAAUGAACUACAUGAAAGGAAGAAGUGGUGUGAGACAUACAGUGCGGGGUCUCAUGGAGGAUGAUGCUGAGCCCAUCUUUGAAGAUGUAAUGAUGUCUUCCCGAGGUCAGCUCGAGGAUAUGAAUGAAGAAUUCGAAGAUACCAUGGUUAUUGAUUUGCCUCCUUCAAGGAACCGACGGGAAAGAGCUGAAUUGAGGCCAGAUUUUUUUGAUUCUGCAGCUAUCAUUGAAGAUGAUUCAGGAUUUGGAAUGCCAAUGUUCUAAAAUCUGGUGAAGACAUUAUACAAAUUUGGAACUCUGUUCUUUAGAGCUCAAGGCCUAUAUACUGUGAUAGCUAAUAUUAAAACCACAUUUUGAUGUGAUUUGGUUUGAUUUUUAACCAAAUGAUUAAGGUCAUUUCCUUUUUGUAAUGACAGAGAAGAGGAGCUUCUGAAUGAAACAAAUAUUGGCCAAUCAGUCAACUCAGAAAGGCUGACCUACAAAUCAUUUAUUUUCUCUGUCCUUGACAGUCCUAAUACAAGUUUUUUUCUUGGAUAGGGAGAAGCUUUUAAAUUAAGACUAUACAGUUCUACAUAUGUUUUCAGAAAACAUUGAAUGAAAACAAAACUUUUUAACUUUAUUUUUCUGCUGUACAACUUCAAAAUGUUUUAACAUUUGCCUUUUUAUGUUUUAGAAGCUAGCCAUUUUUAUUAAAUUUAUGCCUGUCAGCCAUUGACCAGCAGCGAUGCUAAUCAGCAAGCCAUCCUGGUUGGAGAAGUGUUGUUAAACACACUGAAUAUGACUAGCAGUAUGGUACACUUCUAGAUCUUCUCUGACCAUUGAGAGCGGAACAGUCUUACAAAAGAUGUUAGAAGUCAGAUGUGUGCAUCUCUGCCAAAAAGUCAGAUUCUGAAAAGAAAAAAAAAACAGAUUUUAUACUUCUGAGAAGAUUUAUUUUUAUUUAUAAUGGGGCAUAAAAAUAAGAGAUGUCCAUGAAGCCACUUUUCCAACAGAUGCUGUGUAACAUUCAUUUUAUAUAGCACUAGGGGAACACACAAACAGCACAUUUUCUAUUGGUACUUGUUCUGUGCAUUUUUAGCAACUUAUACCAGCAAAUAAAAUAUUCUCAGUAAAAUAAACCAGUGGUUCUACAGUAAUCUAUUUGCUGUUUCUACUACCUAUUUCACUCCUCAUCAGACCUGAGGUACAAAAGCAGCAACUUUCUUAUGAAGCAUAAAUCACAAAGGGAAAAGUGGGGGUGCGGGUGGGACAGGAGCGGGACAGGACACUUACAUUUUCAAAGCAAUUUUAACUGUACCAUAGAGAAGUGUUUAUCUUUCCAUGCCGUAAAUAUCCUUUUGUGCUAUUUUUGUAAAUUAAUUUUGCCAAUUAGAUUUAUUGUAUGUGCUGCAUAGAAAUUGUAUUUAGAUGGUGACGUUUUAAGCUUACAAUGGAAUACAGCUACAGUCUCAGUGUUAACUGUGCAUUAUUAAGAGUAAUUACUAUAUGAUCUUUAAGCAGUUCAAUCCAAAAAGUAAUAAGCUGAAUCAUUGUUCUAAGAAAUUUUCCAUGGUGUUCAGUGAUCUGGUCUUUUAUUCUGCUUAAAUAUUACAAUUCUUCCUGGUAGCUGGUAAUGUAGUUAAAGGAUUUUUUCUUCACUUCUUGUGAGCGUAGCUCCAGCUAAUAAGAACAUCUGUUAAAAUGAGGCCAGACUAAUAAUCUCUUUUUUCCUCUUUUGGGGGAAUUUGAAUGUAAGAAACUCAGAAGCCGACCUUAACUCAUAUUUGAUACAUCCACUGUAGAAGUGCUUUUAUAUAACAAGUGCAAAACAACUGUAGUCUUCUCUCUUUUUAAAAGGUCCUUUAAUGAAUUUAAAUUAUAUUUAAUGCAUAUCUGUUAAAACUUAAAGUUUUAAGAUCAAAUAAUGCUACUUUCAUUUAGCAGUUGAGACUUUUACCUCUAAUAUUUGUACUUGUCUCAAAAUUAUGAUUACCAAAAACAUUUGACCCACUAAUUCAGCCAUUCCUUUAAUGUAGCUGUUUAGAAAUUUUAAAGUUGCUAACGUCACUGGGCUGGUGCUUCAGGACAAAGUACAAGUUCUCUUGAAAAAGUGGUAAAAAUUAUUGCAAGUAGCCCUUCAGUUUGAUGGGCAGAAUCAUGCUGUCCUUGGUUUGAACCCAACAUAGGCAAGUCUUGCGCCCCAUCACCCUUAAGAUGAAAAACUGAAAUGUCAUUGAUCAUUACAGAAUUCUGUGAAACAAAAGCUGUUUGCAAGCAAGUUACCUCCAAUGGGUUUCCAGUUUAGUUUUCAGUCAGUAGGGUUUUUUUAAAUGUGUCUCCUUGAUUGGUUUUGCUAGUAAUUCUGUAAAUUGUACAUUUACAACAUGAGGGUUUUUUUCCUUUUGUACAAUUUAAAACUGAUGCUUCACUUUUCCUUUAAUAAACUCCUCAAAAUCAUAUGUCCAGUAGAGUCCUUUCCACAAAAGCAUUUCAAACUAGUGCUUUCUCCUCCGUUUGCCUUCCAUUUAAAAAAAAUCUUAUAGUGAAGCUUGAAAAGCUGGAUUCAUUGCACUUGUCAUGAUUACUUAUGUUACUGCAUGCCCAUUUCUAGGAAAAUAUAAUAUUGUUUUCUUUUUCAGUGAAAACAAAAAAUGUUUAUGAUCCCUCUGUAUCACAGAUGUGGAAUUUGGGCAUACUAUUGCUCUGGAACAUUCUGUAGCUCAGUUUUCACAGGAAGUAUUUCCUUAUUAAAAGCCAGAUCAUAUAGUAACAUUGUAAGAAACCCCUUUUAGGUAAUAAGUAGACCAUUGUUCUUCCAGAGUUUUCCAUAUUUAUUCCAUCUUUUAAGUUAUUUGGUUCAUUCCCUUUAUUAGUUUUUGAUUGAAUGAUCGACUACAUUUUUAUCUUUUGGUAUUUAACUUUUGACCACCCUCAGAGUUAGGUUAUAAUAAUUAUUUUCCUGUAAAGGUACUGUGGCUUGUUUAUGGACUUUAUGGUACCUCAAACUGGAUACAAUGUUCUUGGAAGAUUCUGAUGCAGCAUAUAGAAGAGUGAUUUUCAUGCUUUUCAUUAUAUUUUUGUUGAUAGUGCCUGGGGUUGUAUUUCCUUUUUUGAGGGAGUGGGAGAAGAAUAGCAGGCCAUCAGAAGUUUGGUUCAUGUUCAGCUGAUUUUCCACUAUCUGUAGAUAUUCUUCAUGCAUACUGUUGCCAAGUAUAAUUCCUCCCAUCCCAUAUUUAUACCUUGAUUCAGCCAGCAUUGUAUCUAUCCAAUCCCAUUUUUGUACAGCAAAUGGCGUCUCUGCCAUUAAAAGAAAAGUACCAGUUUCAUCAUAGUCAAUUGAUUUGAUUUUAGAAUUGUCAUCUUUUUUAAAAAAUGAUUUUUUUUGUACAAAUGAUUGUGUGUAUAAUUGAACAAAAAUUGCUGCUUGGUGGUGCUUUUCUGUUGUGCUAAUGCCACAUCUUUCAAAUCCUCAGGUAACGUUUUGUUCCAUUUUUUUAUCUUCGAAAGUGGUAAUUUUAACACCUUUAUAUUUAUAUGAUGUGAUAGUGAAUUAUGUAGCUUUAGAAAUGGCUCACUCUAUAUCAUGGUAUGAAGACAAGGUUAUCUUACAGCCACAUUCUUAUUUUUAUAUUCUAGUUUGUACUAACAUAGCCUAGUUUCCGAUUUCCAUGUUAGCCAGGACAGGCUUAAUAGGCGUUAUUAUGGACUCCCUGUUACUAUGUUUCUCAUUAGAUUGUUGCUACUAUUACUAUUGUUACAUUGUUUUAUCUGCAUAGUUCCGAGUACCAUCCAUGUUCAUGCCUGUUCCAUUAGAGCAGUGAUGGUUAACCUUUUUGGUGCCAAGUGCCCAAAGUGCGGGCGUGCCUAAACCCCCAAAAUGCCUGCCCCCGCACAUGCGCCCCACCCCAUGCAUGUGCAUCCUCUGUGCAUGCACCCUGCCCCCCCCACGCAUGAGCCACACACCCCGUGCCCCGUUUUGGCUUCCAGGUUGGUGCAGGAGGCUUCCAGAAGCCUCCUGUACCAGCCUAGAAGCCAAACGGGGACACCACAUGAGGCCCUCCCAUGGCCCAUUUUGGGCCUGCACCAACCUGGAAGCCAAAAUGUGGUGCUGGGGACCUUGUGUGGCGCCCCAGAGCCCCGGUUUGGCUUCCAGGUUGGUGCAGAAGGCUUCCAGGCCCAAAAUGGGGUGCGGGAGGGGGAGCACACUCAAACCCCCAAAAUGCAAUGUGUGCGCGUGUCCCUGCGCAUGCGUGCACAUGUCCUCCACAUGCGCGGCAGACCCUCUGGCUGGUGGGAGGUGCAUGCACAUGUGCACUGGAGCUCGGCUGGAGCGACGGCUGGUGUGCCCCCAGAAAGGACUCUGCGUGGCACACAUGCAAUAGGUUCGCCAUCACAGCACUAGAGCAACAGUUAUGUUGACUGCAUUCAUUGGGGUUAUCCCCUAUCCUGAUACUGCCAUUUUGUAAACUAAAACCAACUAGAUGUUCAAACUAAAUGCAGAGUUUAGGAAUGCUGCCUUAUUGUUCAUGAUAUCUUAAUUGAACUCCUUUUCCUCACUCUAUUUACUCUCCCAUAUUUUUGAUGCAGAGAAAUCUUGAUGAAAAUAAUAAAUUGCUUACCUGUAACCUGGCUAUCUGUACAUCCAUAUGAACCACCAACUUUCCAGCUCUUGGUUUUGGUUUUCUAGGACCACAGUGAUAGUCCAUGAAUUGAGACAUCAGUGUGAUCUAGCUUUUCAGGAAAUUGACAUUUUCACUAGAGGAACAAACCUCUCGCUUUUAUGGUGUAAGAUUCAUGUAUUUUUACAAAAGGGUUCUAGUAUUCUGUAAUUAUUCUUUAGUUCUGCCGUGUCCUAAAGAUCUGACAUUCCACUGCCCUAGUUCAGGAGUUUUGCCAAAAUUGCAAAUUCUAUAGAUUUACAGAAAAAUUACUUGAAUGGAAAGUACAUCAUGCUGAUUGGAAAUUCUAGUUUUGUCCAUAUCUGGAGGAUACAAGGUUAGAAAAAUUAUUGCUGAAUGAAUAUUCAUUGUCAGUGCCAACUGUUAAUUUAGAAUCUUAAGAAACUAAAAGUUUAAUUAUAUUUUUGUCUGUAAGAGAAAUAAGAAACUUAUCUGGAUUCUCUCCUUCAUAUGAACAUGUUCAAAUUGGAUUAUAAAAAGGCUGAGUCAAUAUAACUUUUACAAGGCUCAGAAAGAAUUUAGUUUAAAGGCUGAAAAUAAUGUUCUCAGCAAUGAUGAAAGGUAGAUAAGAGUUAUUAUAUUUUCCAUUGAAAAAGUCUGCCUUUGUAAUUCUUUGGCUGAAAAUUUUAUAUUAUUUUCUUAGUUCUAUUUUCAAUCCAUAAGAAAUACAUUGAAAAACAAUGGGCAAUCACUUACCGUGUUUCCCCAAAAAUAAGACCCCCUCUUACAUUUUUUUUGAACCCCGAAAUAAGCUUUUGGCCUUAUUGCCAUGUGCUCAAAAGCCUGAUUGGGCUUAUUAUCAGGGGAUGUCUUAUUUUGGGGAAAAUAGGAUCAGUUUGGAAGAAGAAAGAAUAUAUUUUGUUUUAUCUGUUUUUAAUGAUAUAUGUCAGAUGGUUCUGCACUAACUGCACACAAGAUUUAAAAUAUGGAUAGUGUGCUUUAAUUGUAUUCAAAUUUUGGUAUUAAUAUAUAUAAUGGCAAAAAGUAAUGAAAAUUUUGAAUUUUGCAAAAGUACAAAUCAGUGAGAAUAAGUAUUUGCUGGGUGGGAAUUCUUGGUUUUAGUCCAAAAUCUCUUGAAAUUACCAGUAUAGGGAAGAGUGAAUAAACAAAACAUAACAGAUUUAUUUUGAGAAGGUGGUAAAAUUACAUUUUCUAUUACCAAUACCUUAAGUCUGAUUCAGGGCAGAAAAGUAAAAUAUGAAUUGAAUAAAGUAGUAUACAAUUUGGACAAUUAAAUGAGCAAAAAAUUUACUUUCAUGACAUUUCUGCUGUCUCUGCCGAUUAUGCAAAUCUCUUCCAGCUGAUUAAAAGUGGAGCAAUUUGUAUUAGACUUCAGAAAGGCUUUGUAAGCUCUUACAUCACUUUUGUAGCAGUUCUGUCCUAUACACUAAUAAGAUUUAGUCUUCACAGGAUAUACUGAACCAUAAAUUAACCUAGCAUAUUUUAGCCUGGCAUAUUAUGUGAGCCUUGAAAUCUGGUACAGCAAUGGCUAGGUGUAUCAUGAGAAUGUAAUCUUUGAUAUUUUGAUGAGUGAAUCUCAGUGGAUUCAGUAAGUAUUAGUAAAGUACAAAGUUGCUAUUUUUUGUCCUGGAAUUAUAAUUGUGAUCUGAUUGGAAUAACAAUCUCUACCUGCAUCAGCCUGAAUUGUUCUGUUCUUUUAAUAUUGUUUUGGCAUCCCAGCUGUUGAUUUUUUUUUUUUUUGAAAUAUUUAUUACAAUUUUCUUUUAGACAACUCUAAUACAUAAUCAACAGUCUGUCAAUUUCAUAUACUUCAGAUCAACAUUCCAUACAAUAUAUACAUUUAUAUACAUUCAGUAUCUAAUCUCAAUAGCCUUAUGUAUAUUUCCAAUUUUUAUUUCUAUUAUCUAUCCAGAUGUACCAUUUUUCCCAAAUCGCAUAAAAUUCCGAAUCAUCUUUUUCUUUUAAUUCUAGAGUCAGUUUACCCAUUUUGGCACAUUCAUAUAUCUUCUGAAUGAUCAAUCCCUCUGGUGGUGUAUUGUGUUCCUUCCAGUAUUGCACAAACACAAUUCUUGCCACUGUUAAUAUAUGUAGAAUCAAAUAUCUUAUCUUUCUAUCAAAUUUUGUUUUAAGUAUUCCCAGGAGAAAUGUUUCCGGGUUUAAUUCUAUUUUGACAUUUUAUUAGCUCUUGUAUCCAUCCUUGUAUCUUAGUCCAGAACUUUUCCGCUUCAAGACAUAGCCACCAAGCAUGAAAAAAAGUACCUUGACGAUGGUUACAUUUCCAACAUUUUGGGCUUAGAUUCAAAUACAUUUUAGCCAGCCUUGCUGGGGCUAGGUGCCAGCAGUAGAGCAUUUUGUACUGAUUUUCCUUGUCAGCAGCAGAUUUUGUUAUAGUGUAAUUUUUGUUCCAAAUUCUUUCCCAAUUGUCUAAAUCUAUAUUAUGCCCUAUAUUUUUAGCCCAUGCAAUCAUUGGUUCUUUCACCACCUCCUCUAUUCUAUCAAAUUCUAAUAGAUAAUUGUAUAUUUUGGAUAUUAACUUUCCUUCAGGGCCUAUCAACAAUUUUAUCUAAUUGUUUUGGUUCCGUGUCAAUUCCAUAUUCUUCCAUGUCUUUCUUGUAUCUUGAUUGCAGUUGUAAAUAUGGCCACCAAUCGAUAGAGAUUCCCUGUUAGCUGUUGAUUUUUUCUAAGAUUAGUUUAAUGCACCUUGAAUGAGAUCGCUGUACUUGCAGAUGGUUUAAUUAUCCUGUUUUCAUCAAAACAUAUGUGGCAAUACUAGUAUUUUAUGAAAAAAUAAAAUACAUUUAAUACAUUUCAUAUUCUGGAAUACAUUUUUCAUCUGCAUAAAAUGCAGACUUUUUAACAGAUGUGUUGGCUUUGGGAUACUGUGUUGCGUUCUCAAUUAUUUGUGAGAACUCAUUCCAUUCUUACAUGUUUUAGUUGGUUCGUAAAUUGAUCAGCUGGUGCUU